GUAUUCCCUGUAUAAUGGGACACUUCCGGUGAAAACUACGACUUUUGCCGAUGUUUCCAACAUCGGCAAUGUUCGGGUGAUGUAAUACCGAGUAAGAGUUAUGCCCCUUAUUGUAAACAAUCAUGGCGACUGACAGAGAUAGCUGUGGUCGAUUCAAAAAGAAAAAGACCGGUAAUCACACCAAAAUAUUAAAAUCGAACGUGCUCAUCGACCACAACUACCCAGCUUGUCAUGUUUGCUACGGUGAUCCUUGCAAGGACGACGACUGUCCACUUUUUCGAAACAUCAAACUCGGCAAAUACGCAAGCAGAGAUGGAUGGAAAGAAGGGCGGAGGAUCGUCGAGCUCGGGGAACUUCUCUCAAAUCUCGUCGCUUGCAAGUACUGCAAAUUGGGCCCUAUUCCAUUAACGUAUGGGAAUAUUGUCGGUGAGAUGAGGAAAGGACUUAGCGGCUAUUUGUACGUGAAAUGUCAGAACGCGGAAUGUGGGCAAAUAAACAUGGUUCCAUACGGGAAGACACACAGGGAGAAGAAGGGGAAGUCAGGGAUGCCAUGUUUUGUUAUCAACACAAAGCUUGGAUAUUUAUUUACAGCUAUGAUCGAUAGCGUUGGGGGACCAGACAGAAUGAAUAAUCUCCUUUCGACAUUAAAUAUCAAACCCAUCAACCAGAGAAGUUUAAAAAGCAUGGAACGGAGGGCUGGAGGCUAUGUUGAAGCUGUUGCCAAAAAGUCGACUCAACAGGCUGCAAAUGAUUCAUUUAGAAUGGAGAUGGAAGACAUUGCAGAAGAGGAGAGUCGACAAGCUGCAAAGAUCAUGGGGGAGGUGAUCGAAGAUUUAGGAGUUUGUCCUCUACCAGACGCACCUCCUGAAAUUAGAUUAUUGAUGUCAUCCUACUCCUCUACUGUACCAGUAGUUGAGGCUAGUUCUGGUGAUGAAAGUGGACAUUCUUACCAGACUCCUCAAGCAUCGAAUAUGGAAAGUCCACCAGUCUCAUGUUCAAACAGUGUAAACACUCCAUCAAAUCUAGCCAGCCUUGUUGCCAAAAUAAAAGAAAUUCCUCAGGCCCCACACAAACAACCCGGCAAGAAGAUCUUAACAUCUAAGAAGCGUGUGAGACUUGCAUCAAGAUUUCCAUGCAAGACCAGAAGUGGAAUGUCUUGUGCAGUUGAUACAGCCUGGCAUAAAAGGGGAUUUGACAGUCUUACAUCACACACGUUCUUCAUGAGCAAGGCCAAAUAUGGAAAGAAGGUAGUUAAAGCACUAGUGGGUCACCGAACAUGCGGCACAUGCAAGUGGUGGAUGAGGAAUAGACCUGGACUACCAAUCCGAAAGCACAGAUGUGUCCUAAAUCACUUCGGUAGUGCUCGGUUAAUGGAGUGUAAAAGUGGGGUUCAAGGCAUCAAGGAGCUUUCUGAGGGUGGGACUCCUGUUGAUUACCUGGAAGGAGACGGUGAUAAUACUAUGAUUGCUCAUAUCAAAUCAGACUUGAACAUUACCAUGAAAAAACGGUUUGAUAGAAAUCACGUCGUGAAAAACAUAGGGAAAAGCUUAUAUGCCUUGCAAGGAAAAAAGCUCAGUAGGAGUGUGAUUAUGCACAUUCAGAAAUGUCUCAAAUAUGCAUUCGCCAAAAACCAAGGGAACAAGGAAGGACUGGAGAAAAAUCUCAAAGCGUUGAUUCCUCAUCAAUUUGGAGAUCACAGUUUAUGUUUUCCCAGAUUCUGUGGCUUCAGACGUACAUCAUCAAAUGAGAAGUAUACUCAUAAAAGUUUACCCUACAAAGCAGCUCUCAAAGAUGAUGAACUACAGUCAAAGCUGAAAAAACUGUUCAAGCCAGUUAUUGCUAAUGCUGAACAAUAUGCUGAUUUAGGCUCUAGUCAACAGUGCGAACAUGCAAAUCGCGAAGUCACAUUGAGGGCACCAAAAUCUUUGCAUUAUGGAAAUUCAGAGUCCCUGGACUUUCGUGUUGCAGCAACAACAGCCUUUAUUAAUGAAGGACGAAGCUAUGUGUCUGAGGUCAACAUGGCAGCAGGAAUUUCUCCCGGGACAUUUUCUGUAAAAUAUGCUGCUAAGCAAAUGAAGCGCAGAAAACGUGUACAACGAAAAUCCCAGUUACCCUCAACAAAAAGAAGACGUGUUACCCUGAAGCAGGAACGUGUAAUCGCACAGGGAGCCAAUGAAGUGUUAGAAGGGACCACUUAUGAGUCAGGUAUUGGGCAUACCACUAAUGUAGAUGUUGAGCAGUUACCUGAAGCAGUACCCCGUGGGAAAUUCGCGACUGUAUCAGCUGGCAAAGAAGCUACGGUUAUUACAUUUGACUUGGAGACAACAGACCUAAUACGUGGAGGAAAAAUGCCACAUAUCACACAGAUUGCAGCUUCAGAUAUGGAAACAGGAAAGGGAUUCUCAACCUAUGUACUUCCAAAAGUACCAAUCUCAACUACAGCUCAACAGGUUACUGGUAUCAUAGUUAAUAAUAGUGGUACAAUGACGGUCAAUGGGAAACAAGUUCAGCCUGAAACUGUUCAGUUUGCAGUUGACAAGUUUUGUAAAUGGCUCAGUGGGUUUCCCAAUGUACAUCCAGUGUGAAGCACAAUUUUUCAACUGUGUAUCAGGUCUUAUUGAUAGCCUACCUGUCUUCAAGAAGGCCUUUCCUGGACAAUCGUCAUACAAGCAAGAAGAAUUAGC